GCGUGAGUUGCAACGUGCAAUGUAAGCAAGCUCAAAUUGUAGCUGGAUUUGGAAAUGAAAGGGCUCCACUUUAAAUGGGGCCGUGCGCUUUGACAGUUGAGCCGCAAUGUCUCGGGCAAGAAGGCGGCUAGCCACAAAGUGGUCAGUACGGACGCAGCAGUCUCUGGUUGUGGCAGUGACCUUGCAAGAUUUUGCAGCUCGUUCAGCAGCUCUUUGCUGCACAAAGCGCCAGUCACCGACAUUCUGCCAAUCAAUGCCUAGGCAGAAGUGGCACUGCGUCCCUCAUGCGGGGCACGUCACUUCUACAAAUGGUGGAAUAAUUUGGCCGGAGGAAUCAGGAAAGUUGGACGCCCGAAGCAUGCUUCGACGACGAGACCUUGGGAAGAGGCGGCCCAUGACGGAACUGAUGAAGCGGGUAGCGGCUUGUGACUUACGAUACUCCCCAGGAACGAGCUUUCGCGACAGCGGCAUGGUCAGGACAAGAACAGCUCUUGGCACGGCAAAGCCAGGCUUGGGAGGAGCGGCUGCGCGGGUAGUGAUUAGCAGGGGCCAGCCGAAGGCCUCAAAGAGGCACCACAGAAGUGGCUCAAUUGGGCGGCCGGGGCGGCUCGGAUCAGCAGGACUUUGGGGGAAAAUAGGAAGGAAGAAGCUGCGCAUCCAGACACAAACGGGGGGUCGGGACAGGUGUCAGAAGCUCCCCCCGAGGGUCGCCGAGACAGCGGGGGCGGCGCGGCAGGAACGGAUGAAAGAAGCGCACCAGGGGGAUAAUGGGAAAAGUGGAGACGGCAGGGGGGUGCAAGCCACACUUAAAAUUUCCCCCCGGAGGGUUGUUGGGGCAGCGGGGGCGGCGCGGCAAGAACAGGCCGAGGAGGCACGGGGGGGCAUAAACGGUGGCACUGACGAUGCCGAGGGGGUUGGAAUAGCUGUGAGAAGCUCCCCCGGGAGAGUAGCGGUAGCGGCGGCGUCAGCGCGAGGAGGGGCAGUAGUGGGGGAACUUGAAGCGAAAGUCGAACGGGUAGCGGUUGUCGGAAGAUGCGGAACGAAUGCAGAUGAUGCACCGGGGGCAGAGGGCAGCAGACAAGCGGAGAAAGGCCCUAAGUACGUGCGCCGGUCGUUGCAAAAGACCCGGGGGAUUCCCUGA